AUGGGUCCCCAUGAGACUCCCUAUGAAUUUGGGUUUUUCGAGGCGGUUGAACUGACAAUGGCUAGAACAUGGCGUGGUGAGCGUGGAGAGGAGUGGUCAUCUGCGCAAGGACUUGAAUCAAUCUUAUUAUCCAUCCAAAGUCUCCUAUCAUCUAACCCAUACGAAAACGAACCGGGCUUCGAGGAUGCCAAUGAUGAAAGCGACAAGAAAAACCAAAAGGACUAUAUCCAAAAGAUUCGACACGAGACACUACGUAUCAGUGUCAUCCAACGUCUGGAAGGCUACCUCGGAAUGGGCACCAGUGGCACCCAGUUGCACAGUCUUCCAGGAGCGAAUGAGAUGGACGAUGAUGACAUUGACGAGGCUACCGUCCCCUUUGAGCCUUUUAGAGAUCUGUGCAAACGCCGCUUUCUUUGGUAUUACGAAUCAUACCUCGCUGCGAUCGAAAAAGGCAAAUCAGAGACCAAGCCCAACCAGCCUUUUACGAGAAUGCCGUUUGAGUCGCCAGGAAACAACUCAAUGGAUGGGAAAUUCAAUUAUCCCGAGCUCAGCAGCCGCCUGCAUGCCAUCAAGGCUGCUAUCGACGCGGAGCCUGAGAAAUGGGCCGCUGAGGGCCUAGAAGCUAAGAAGAAGGAGACAACUGUUGCUGUUAACCUUCAGCAUCAGUUUGAGCAGGUUGUCGAAGUAUUCAAGCGAGGCGACAUGCCGCAUGACGUUUUUCUCGAGAACGAGAACCCCUUCGUCUGGGUAAUAACCUACUUCGGGCGCCCUAUGACCAACCUCGACGGUGGUCUGUUCAGAAUCAAAAUGAACUUCAGCGUCCGUUUCCCUGAAGAGCAACCUCGUGUCAAGUUCGAGACCAAGAUCUUUCACCACCACAUCGCUGCAGAUGGUACAGCAUGCUACACUCCGAACCCUAUGAAAAGGGAAGAUGUACGAUCCCAUAUUGAUGCCAUCUUUGCGAUACUUGAAGAUGACGAGCCAGCCUAUGACCCACGCAAAAUUGUGAACCCGGAAGCGACCAAAAUGUACUGGGGAGGAAGCCCAGACGACAAGAAGAAGUACAACCGACGUCUUCGCCGAUCCGUACAGCAGAGCAUGGAGUCAGUACCUAAUCAAGAUCCUGCAGUCAUUCUACGCGCAAGCUAA